CUGUCAGGGGUACUCAAGUGCUUAUUUCAGUAGUCACAGUAGUGACAAGUCAGCCGAUUCGUAGUCAAAAACGAUGCUGUAUUCAAUUCAUGCGUGUAAUUUGGACCUUGAAACUGUUAUCCAUGAGUUCGGCUCAUAAUAAGUAACAUAGACAGGGUGGACAUGUUAGCAUUAUGAGAUAAGCACAACCUGCUAAGUUAGCGCUGAGUUGAGUGGCAUGCCAGGCUCCGAGAUUCUCAAACACAACAUCAAUUCAGCAGCAGCAGCGCGCGCGCUGUAAUGCCUGCCCAUGCCAAGUUCCUGCGGUUACACUGACGAUGGCAGGGAUCUUGCAUCUGCCCAUUAUGGCCGUUUUGAUGGCUGGGCCCCAAAGACUGAACUGACCACACACUGAUGUCAUGCCGACUCAACUCAUCAUCCCCGAGCGGAUACACGCAAUACAUCUCUUCUCGCUGUUGUGAUACCAGGUUCGAGUCUUUUCUUCACGGACUGUAUUCAAAAUGAAGCUCGCUGUCUUUUCCGCCAAGCCUUAUGAUAAAGUCUACCUUGCUCAGGCCCAAGCCGCCGCCGGGCUCGACGUAGAGGCUGUGUACCACGAUUUUCCGCUAAAUCCUGAGACUGCCUCCCUCGCGUCCGGGGCUAUAGCUGUUUGCGUCUUUGUGAACGACACGUUGAACAAGGAGGUUCUAGCAUCACUGCACUCGCUUGGCGUGCGCGCCAUCUUAUUGCGCUGCGCCGGGUACAACAACGUGGACUUGAAGACGGCCUCUGACCUGGGCAUGUUCGUCGCCAACGUGCCCGCGUACAGCCCCGAAGCAGUGGCCGAGUUCGCCGUCGCGCUCGUGCAGACCUUGAACCGCAACACCCAUCGCGCCUACAACCGCGUGCGCGAGGCCAAUUUCGCCCUUGAUGGCCUUCUCGGUCGCACGCUACAUGGAAAGACCGUAGGCAUCAUUGGGACGGGCAAGAUUGGGGUCGCAUUCGCACGCAUUAUGCAGGGAUUCGGAUGCGAGCUGCUCGCAUACGAUCCCUUCCAAAACCCAGAAUUCGAAAAGUACGGCAAGUAUACAACGCUGUCGGAUCUCCUCUCGCGCGCCGACGUGAUCAGUCUGCACUGUCCUCUUCUGCCAUCCACACGCCACAUCAUCAACGAGACGACGCUAGGCGAGACGAAGAAGGGUGCAAUGCUAGUGAAUACUUCUCGUGGCGGGCUGAUCGACACAAAGGCCGUCAUCGCAGCGCUGAAGAAGGGACAACUCGGCGGGUUGGCGCUCGAUGUGUAUGAGCACGAGAGCAAGCUGUUCUACAACGACCAUUCCGGCAAGAUCAUCGAGGACGACGACCUGAUGCGGCUCACGACAUUCCAUAACGUUCUCAUCUGCGGCCAUCAGGCAUUCUUCACGGAAGAGGCUCUCGGCGAGAUUGCUGGCGCGACGUUCCGGAAUCUAGCGGAUUUCGUGCAUGCGCGCGAAUGCAAGAAUGCGCUGGUUGAGUCGAGCCAGGAAAAGGGCGCGCCGCUCACAAUGCGUGCUAGGAGCGACACCAUUCCCAUUCGGAUUUAGACAGACUCCUGGUCUGCAGGCGUUACUAGGAAGUGGUAUAAGAUGCGGGAUAUCCAUAUCUCGUUCUAUGGGUAGUUUUGGCUGAUGGGCGACCAUGCAUAUGAUCAUGAUGACUUAUGAAUAGAUGAUACUUGCCCGUUGAAAUAUGACUACCCACUUCAUAAUUCAU